AUGCGUUCUCCAUGCACCAUCCUUCUACUCUUCGGCCUCGCAGGACGACUCACCGCUGCAGCGGACCCAAUGAGCCAGGAAGAGUGCGACAAGCUCUGCCAGAUGCGGUUCAACAGCCCUCGAGCCGUAGGUCAGCUCUACGAUGUCCACAAUGGCCUGGGCUCCUGUGACGAAUGUACCAUCUGCACCGGCGAAGGGGGCAAGUACACCGACCCGAUCACCCAGCGCCGGCGCUGCUGCGAUGAGAAGAACCAAGUGUUCCUGACCGGCCCCGAGGGCAGCAAGCUGGGCAAAUGCUGUGACGCCAGCCAGGCGUAUCUGGCCGACGCCAGCGCCCAGCACGGCGACUGCUGUCCGGCCACCGACCACAUCUACCUGUGGGACACCAAGUCGCAGUCCGGCUCCUGCUGCCCGAUCGGGACCGCCUACUUCGACGGCCAGAAGUGCCAGCCCAAGAGCGAUCCAGCGCCGGAACCCGACACCAUCAACUGCAAGCCCCACGGCGUCUGCGCCUCCUCUUCCAAGACCACGGGCCUGAAGCAGGGCCACUGCUACCGGCUGAAGGACACCCAGAACCGCACACUGUCCAUCCGCCGCGGCGCGCUGGACUACAUCCUGCAGACGGAGUACGAGGACCUGUACCACUUCAAGGUGUGCGCCAGCACGACGGAGUGCGCGGCGAGCGACAAGGAGGUGGCCGUCGGCGACCCGUUCUUCCUGCAGGAUGAGUUUGGCCAGUGGACCGUGGACGGCGCCGGCUGGAUCGACAAGCGUUGCUCCGACCACCUGUAUUUCACGCGCGACGCCAACAGCGCGGGCGCGUUCCAGGCGGCGCCGUGGUGCUUCAAUGGCAAAUGCGGGAUGUGUCUCAAGAGUGGUGUCGAGGCCUGUCGCGGGUUGGAGGUGAUCUGCCCCGCGACCAGCCCGGGGAUCGGUCGGUAUGUUAACGCCAACUAUUGCUUGCCCAUGUUUGUGGAGGAGGUGCCGUGUAUGAGUGAGGUGUUUGGGGGGGAAGGGUUCAAGACGGAGUUGUAA